AUGCCACAAAACCAGAACACGAAUGAGGAUGACUCUAACUCGCGGUCAGGCAGUCCCGCUCCUUCGUUGUAUUCGUUCACUUCGUCAGUCGACGGCAAAGUAAUGUUCCGCAAUGUGUAUGGGCGCAUGUUGAAUAAUCAGAAUGAAACAUAUUUUCUUCCAGCAGACAACGAGGAACACAGGCGACUUGAUUUGCAGCACCGCAUCAUUACGCUCACUCUUGGCAGGUUGUAUCCGGCAGCGGAACACGUAUGGAGAGCACUCCGUCCGCGCACGGAUCGUAGACCUGCGAUCUUAGACGUCGGCACAGGAAGCGCAAGCUGGGCGAUUGAGAUGGCAAUUGAAUUUCCCUAUUGCGACGUCGUUGGGAUCGACCUCGUCCCGCCUAGACUCAACAGCGGGGAAAUACCCCGUAAUUGUCGGUUCGAGAUUGACGAUGCCAAUCUGGGGUUUUCUCACUACAGAAAUAGUUUUGAUGUUGUACAUGUCCGGUCGGUUUCUGCAGGUAUUCGUGAUUUCCCUGCGCUACUACGUGAACUUGAACAGGUUCUCCGACCCGAGGGUGUCCUGCUCCUGGGGGACGGCGACAUGCAGCUCUACGACGAAGACCAGAGGCCGAUUUCCUUGAGUGAGCCCGGCACUCCAGGCUUCUCUUGGACCAAUAAGGUCUUCUUUGCUGCUUAUAGUGCAAUGAAAACCAAAGGCGGUGACAUUGAUUCCUCUUCCAUGAACCCAACGUGGCUUAGGUCGAUAGACUCUCUCACCCAAGUCGGGUGGGACAAAAAGUUUAUCCCUAUCGGCCCGUGGCGUUACCGAGACGAACGAGAGAAGAGUAUAUCAGAGAUGUUGCGCACGGAUUGCCUUGGUUACAUUGCGGGUAUGGAGCCUUUACUUAUGAGUGAAGGCUACUUACCGGAGCGGGUGGAAACUAUGCUGCGCGAAGCCUCUGCCGAACUACGCGAAUUGCGAGCUCACCUAUACAGCCGCUGGUCGUUCGCCUGGGCAGUGAAGGCGGCGUGA